AUGUCUACUACCAUAACCGAGACAAUCGUGACGUCAGUUCCAAGCGUCGCCCAACCUCUUGAAGAUCCACAAGAAUACGACUUCAAUAAUCUUCCAACCUACACACAUCCACCAGAGACCAAAGAGGAUCUCCCUUGGGCCGAACUCGUGACACUUGACCUCUCCGACUUCAAUAAUGAAGGAGGAAAAGAGCGUCUCGCCAAACAACUUGAACACGCCGUUCAUCAUGUUGGCUUCUUCUAUGUGAAGAACUUUGGCCUCUCACAAGAUCAAGUAGAUCGUCAAUUUACACUUGCCAAAAACUUCUUCACUCUUCCCGUGGACGAGAAAGCCAAAUAUGAAGUCGACUACGCAAACGCUGACUACAACGGCUGGAGACGAAACGGUCACCGAAACAUCGGAGACGUCAAAGACAACAUCGAAAUCUACAACAUCCCCAAAUUCACAAAAGAUUUCGAAGGAAAAUAUGCUCAACCUCCUUUACUCCAAGCCCACCUCCCCGAAAUUGAAGUCUUCUCCCGAGCUCUCCAUUCCAAUAUCGUUCUUCCACUCCUCCGUCUCUUCGCCAUCAUUCUCCAACUUCCCGACGAAGAAUAUCUCGUCAAACAACACACCUACGACAAGAAAAGCGAAGAUCACUUCCGCUACAUGAUCUACCACACCCGAACACCCGAAGAACACGCCGCGAGCGGCUAUGGACAAACCACCGGACACACCGAUCUCGGCACCGUGACACUGCUCUUCCGACAACCCGUCGCCGGGCUUCAAAUCCUAGGCGACGACGGAACCUGGACCUACGCAUCCGCGCAACCGGGUACUAUCACCGUGAACCUCGCAGAUACCAUAUCGCACCUCACUGGCGGCUGGCUCAAAUCAUCGAUCCAUCGCGUGGUAGCGCCGCCUAAGGAUCAAUGGGAUUAUGAACGCACGGGACUUUUGUAUUUUGCGCGUCCGCAUAAUGAUACGGUGCUGAAACCGAUUUUGAAUUCGCCGGUGCUGGAGAGGGCGGGGGUGAAGCCGAGUUUUGAGAAGGAGGUUACGAUGGAGGAGUGGGUGAGGGCGAAACAGAGGUUGCAGUUGAAUCCCGAUGUGGCGAGGGAGUUGUAUAAGGAUGCGGAAGAUGGGUCGGGGACGAGGACCGUGGAGGUUAUUGCGGGGUUUAAGGAUAGGAUGUAUAAGUGA